AUGCCGCUAUUUGGUUCCAAGCAGAAAUCGCCCUAUGAGCUUGUUCGGAUUUCUCGCGAUGCUUUGGCGACAAUCAUUAAAGAAGGUUCUGGCAAGAAAGCAGAGAAGGCUACAGAUGAAAUUGGUAAGCAAUUGGUAGCAAUGAAGAAUAUAUUAUGUGGAGUUGGAGAUCAAGAGCCACAAACAGAGCAAGUCGCUCAAUUAGCGCAAGAAAUUUAUAACUUCGACUUAUUGCUGUUUCUGGUUAAUCAUCUUCAUAGAUUGGAAUUUGAGGCGAAAAAGGAUGUCGUCCAGAUUUUUAAUAUUUUACUUAGGAGACAAAUCGGCACUCGCUCACCUACUGUUGAAUAUGUUCGCAGUAAAAAUGAAAUCCUUUUCACUUUAAUCCAAGGCUACGAAAAUUCAGAUAUUGCCCUCAAUUGUGGCAUAAUUCUAAGAGAGUGUGUCAAAUACGAUAUAUUGGCGAAAUUUAUUCUAAGUUCUGAUGCCUUCUAUCAAUUUUUUACUUAUGUCGAACUUUCUGCUUUUGAUGUUGCUUCUGAUGCAUUCUCUACGUUUAAGGAUUUAUUAACAAAGCAUAAAACGCUAUGUGCCGAAUUUAUCGAGAAAAAUUAUGACAAGCUUUUUGAACAUUACGUCAAGUUAUUAACGUCAGAAAAUUAUGUGACCAAAAGGCAAUCUUUGAAGUUAUUGGGAGAAAUCUUGCUGGAUCAUCACAAUUUUUCUUCGAUGACGAAAUACGUUGGUAAUACGGAAAAUCUUAAGCUUAUCAUGAAUUUACUCAAGGAUAAGAGUAGAAAUAUUCAAUUUGAAGCCUUCCAUGUGUUUAAGGUUUUUGUUGCGAACCCUAAUAAGGCUAAACCCAUAAUAGAUAUUUUAUUUAAGAAUAAGGAGAAACUAUUAACAUUCUUGCCUAAAUUUCAAACAGAUAGAACAGAUGACGAGCAAUUUAUGGAUGAAAAAUCCUAUCUGAUUACGGAAAUCACCAAGCUGCAAAAACCGUAGUUAAUUAUUAAUAUAAAACCUUGAUGAAAUUACAAAUGUAACUUCUUGUCUUGUAUUCUGAUAUAAUCAACUUAGCUAAAGUUUAGGAUGACAUAUAGCUAGGCUACUACUCAUUGCAAAGUUGCUGAUCUGAUAGUAAUUCUUCGUUUUGUGCUAUUAUAAUUGUAGAUAAUGUUUGAGAUAUGGCUAAUGUAUACUGUGUACGUGCUGAUUUAUUGUCAUGUUUUACAAGGGAGGAAUAUGUUUC